GAGAAGGUCAAAUGACUCCGCAUGUGUUCGUGUGUUUGUUGUGUUCAUUCCCACUAUGGUGCUCGCCUGAUGAAGAUAACACUUUGAACGUAAAUGAUGCUUCUUCCAUCGUGGCUUGACGUCGCACAGGAAGUUUGAGGAGCCAACAUUAAGUGGAGACCAAUCUCAAAAGCUCUGAAGAGGAAAAAGAAGACGCCGCCAACAUGUUCAGCAUCAAAAGACUGAAGCAGAAGUCUCAGUCGGUGGACAUUGCCAGUCAAGGCUUCUCCCCGACUCUGGUGCCGGCUUCACCCCUUGACAAACCUGCAUCACCUGUUGCCAAGACAACCACCGUCCUCGCGCUGCAGGAAAACAACACCACCAACUCCCAGCGCCGCAGUCCGCGUUGUGGGGAGCUGAAGAGAGGCUACACCAUUGAUACUGGCCAAAAGAAGACCCCAGAGAAGAAGGAUGGGAGGCGCAUGUCGUUCCAGAGACCCAAAGGGACCAUCGAAUACUCUGUGGAAUUACGGGACACAUUGAACAGCAUUGCUCUGAAGUUUGACACCACACCCAACGAGCUGGUUCAGCUGAACAAGCUGUUCUCCAGGGCAGUUGUGCCUGGCCAGGUUUUGUAUGUUCCUGAUCCUGAGUACGUCUCCAGUGUUGGAAGCUCUCCUUCCCUCAGUCCCAUCAGCCCUCUCUCUCCCACCUCUUCAGAAGCUGAUUUAGAGAAAGUGACGGACUCAGAUGGCCCCUCCAGACCAGAGGCUGUCCUCCCCCAAGUGUUUUCUGCCCUACGCCAGUCCAGAGUGGUGUCAUCCACCUCCGAGGAGGAGGAAGCCCUGACGGAGAAAUUCCUUAAGAUCAACUGCAAAUACAUAACUGGUGGCAAGGGUGCAGUGAGCGGGGUGUUGCUGGUGACGCCCAACAACAUCAUGUUUGAUCCACACCGGAUGGACCCACUGGUUCAGGCCCAUGGGUGCGAGGAGUAUGGCAUCAUGUGUCCUCUAGAAGAGGUGCAGUCUGCCGCCAUCUUUAAAGAGAUCACUGAUCCCAAGAUCAGAGAGACUGUGCCUGAUGACCUGGAGCCUCUCCCUUGUGAGAGGCAUCCCUCCCAGCAGGACCCAGAAAGGCGCCUGAGGGAGCCAGGGGCCAAUGACAGUGGCAGUGGCAGCACUGCCCCACGCAGCACAGAGGGCUCAAUCUCAGAAGAUGUCUUUACAGAAGCAGAGCUGUCCCCCAUACGGGAGGAAGAGCAAGCAUCCAGCGACGAAGUAGGUCUGGACAAGUCUUCUGGCGCUGCCUCUACAGAAUCUGUGCAAACCGUGACUCAGGAGGAGCCCACUGGCUCCCAGGUGCCAGGCGAUGCCCGCAGCUCAGUUAGCCAUCCUGAGGACCCUCUAGCAGUAAAGGCCUCCGCCACAGAAGAGGACACUGCCACUGAAAAGAAUAGCCAGUCCCCAUUGGAUUUCAAGCAGCACAGUGAAGAGAAGCCACCAAGCACACCCACUACCAGCUCCGCCACUAGCCAGGUCCAGCGCCCCAGCAGCAGCAGCACCUCUCGUCCAGGGUCCCAAAGCUCAGCCGCCCCACUUUCCAUAGACACCCUUUCUGUCACAGCCAGUCCACCGAGGGAUGCCAACGAGGGGACUGAAGUCUCCAAAACAGAUUCUAUGCAACAUGAGAAGGUGGAGAAAGAUGAAGCAGAACAGGAGCAAAAGGGCAACAACUCACAGGAGAGGACGAGUCGGUCACACAAGUUCCUUUGUCUGCGGGUGGGGAAGCCAAUGAAGAAGACAUUUGUUUCCAAUGCCAGCGCCUCUAUGCAGCAGUAUGCCCAACAGGGCAAGAAGCACGAGUACUGGUUUGCUGUGCCGCAGGAGAGGUCAGACCACCUUUAUGUCUUCUUCAUGCAGUGGAGCCCAGAUAUGUAUGGUGAAGGGGUCAGAGGAAUGUCACAAGAACCUGGCUUUAUGGUUGUCAAGAAGUACGAGGUGUCUGAAAGUGCUGAGGACGAGCCCAUCACUGACCUCAAUGUCAAAGAGUGGGAGGUAGUGUCUAUGACGGAGUACCACCGUCGGAUCGAUGCUCUAAACAGCGAAGAUCUGCGCUCACUCUGCAAACGACUCCAGAUCACCACCAAGGAAGAGGUGAACUCCAAGCAUGAAACAUCCAUUAAGACUGAGCUGGAGCCUGAAACCUUCAAACCAAACUUAAGAGAACCAAGUGAUCUCUUGGAGGCUGAUCAAAUUGAGAAGCUUGCCAGGAAUCUACCACCCCGGACCAUCGGGUACCCAUGGACUCUUGCUUUUGGCACAUCAAAACAUGGCAUGAGUAUCAAGUCGCUGUAUAGAGCCAUGCAGGGACAAGACACCCCCGUGCUCAUGGUCAUUAAGGACAGCGACGGACAGGUUUUUGGUGCCCUUGCGUCAGAACCCUUUAAAGUCAGCGAUGGCUUCUAUGGCACAGGAGAGACCUUCCUCUUCACCUUCAACCCAGAGUUUGAGGUGUACAAAUGGACAGGAGACAACAUGUUCUUUAUCAAGGGGGACAUGGACUCUUUAGCUUUUGGUGGAGGAAGCGGUGAGUUCGGCCUGUGGCUGGACGGAGACCUUUACCACGGCAGGAGUCACUCCUGUAAAACAUUCGGGAAUCCCAUGCUGUCAAAAAAGGAGGAUUUCUAUGUGCAGGACAUAGAGAUCUGGGCUUUUGAAUAACCACACCGCACACCACGGGGGAGUAGACAAGUCCUGAAAGAGGGCAAAGCGAGGAGCUCCUUAAAACUAUGGCCACGUCUCAACCCUAACUGCACACGACCGGGCCGCGCAAGCCAGCUGUCGGGUGCUUGUUGUGCGUUACUACUGCAGUUAUUCCGGAGCUUUUUUUAUUCUUGGUGUAUAUCUUGUUACCUAGCACCCUGUGCAGCACCUUGCAGCAUGGGGGAGAGCGCGUCAAGAACCUAUGAGGAUGUAAAAGUGAUGGGGAGGCCUUGGAAAGGGGACUCUGUGUGUGUGUGUGCGUGUGUGUGUGUGUGUGUGUGUGUGUGUGUGUGUGUGUGUGUGUGUGUGUGUGUGUGUGUGUGUGUGUGUGUGUGCGUUGCACAUUUAUGUGUACUAUAAGCUCAAGGAGUCCCCAGCACCCCCUCAUCGUCGUCCAUUCAGUAGGAUGUUACUCACUGUGGAGUCAGGGUCUUUAGUGAGGAAGAUGAACACAUUCCUUUACACCUGGUGACGUAAUCAAGUGAUUCGCCGCCAUAGGUCGGUUCCAAUGAGAGAAUACUUGCUGCAGGACAUUGGAGGUGUUUAUUUUUCUUACCUUUUGUUUGUCGUCCCCACCGUCCUUAAGUCCAGCGGAAGGUUGUCUUCUGAGGCUAAACUACUCGAAUAUUGUGUGUCGUAGUCCUCCCGUGGUCCCCUGUCCCAGCACAGCAGGUGAAAGCACAUAUAGCCACAUCAGCCAUUGUCGUGAUGUCGUGUUCAGUGGGUGUACGUGUGAGUCCGGCUAACACCUCUCGCAGAUGCUGGCUGCACUGUUAGUAGACAGUAACGUGUUGCAAUAGAUUUUGUGGAAUAUGCAAAUAACUGUCCUGUGACCUCAAAUAACCCCGCAGGGCCCCACUCACCCCGGCGGCGUUUUGGCCGUGUAAAGCUUUUACGUCUUGAUACACGACUGCUUUUGUUUGAAAAGCCCGAGACGUGGUUAACUGUUUUACAUGCAUAUAUGACAAUUAUAUAUCAGUAUAUAUGAUUGUAUAUGGCUGUAUAUAUAAUCAUAUAUACUUUGCUGUUAAGUGUGACAGUGAUCUACUUGUGCUGAUAUUUCAGCUGCUACAAUAUAAUGUAUAUUUACCCUGUAAAUGAUGCUAUAUAAAUACAUAUUAUGAAGUGUGGAUUGGUGGGUUUGCUUCUAGCACUUUAAUCCGAGCGUCACAGCCAGGUUCUUAGAUUCCUUAGCAGUAGCUGUACAGUACUUUACUUUCCACCCACACCAUGUUAACUGUUCGUAGAACGCUUGCUGCUACCAAUAUCCAUAAGGUUAUUACGCCAUAACGCUCUUGUGUGUGUGUGUCUAAAAACCAGGGUCACUCUGAGGGGGGAAGGGGGGGUUCAGAGCGAUUGCAGCGGUUCGCUUUCUGGGCUCGCCAGGUGAGUCUCAGACAGGUAGGUAAGGUACGCUGGCAAACUGACCAAGGUCCCAUUUCUCCCCCCCAACCCCCCCUUUCCUGGUCUUCCAUACCAGUAUUUGUCACCAAGAUUAAUAUAGACCAUUCACCACAAUACCAUGUAUCAGUGAUGUAUAAAUAAUAAAGAUGAGUUAAUGGUUAUAA